GCACAGGCACAGGCACAGGCACACAGCACGCGAUGAUCACCACAUGCCCAGCGCAAAAACCGCAUCCCGCUCCCCUUCAGGCCUCCCCAGUCAUGGCUCUUCCCACUGCCGAUCCUCAGCACACGCUUCCCCGGCCGGCCGUCUACUUAAACUCGACGACAUGUCCGCUUCCACAGCCAUGGCCCCUCUAGCUCCUGCUUGGCCAGGCGACUUGACUGUCUCCCCCCUCUGUCUUUCGACUACAACCGCCUGCCCACCAUGAGAUUCUUCAGCUCCCUCCUCCUCGCGGCACCCCUCGCCGCCGCCGUCCUCCUCGACCGCAACGGCAAGAUCGUCUACGACGGUUACAAGGUCUUCCGCGUCAAUACCCCCGAGGAGGGUAUCGCGGCGCUUGACGCCCAGAUCGCAGAGCUUGAGGGCAUCGAUGUUCACCGUCAUGCUGACCAUUUUGAUGUCGCCAUUCCCCCGGCCAACCUCGAGGCUUUUGGCGCCCUCAACCUCGACGCCCAGGUGCUUUCCGAGGACCUCGGCGAGCUCAUCGCCGGCGAGGGAGAGAUUGCGGAGUAUGAGGGUACCACCUCCAUGAGGCUCAGCAGCGAGGACGGGGAGGUCAGCGCGGCCGCCCUUCCUAGCUUGUCGUGGUUCAGCGCUUACCACGCGUACGACGCCCACUUGACCUUCCUCCGCGACCUGCAGGGCGCGUUCCCCUCCAACUCGGAGAUCAUCACGGCCGGCACUUCGGUCCAGGGACGCACCAUUACCGGCAUUCACCUCUGGGGUAGCGGUGGCAAGGGCUCCAAGCCCGCCAUCUACUUCAACGGCAACGUCCACGCUCGCGAGUGGAUCACCUCCAAGGUUGCCGAGUACCUCGCCUACCAGCUCGUGGUCAACUACAACAAUGACACUGCUGUCAAGGCCGUCCUUGACAAGUACGACUUUUACAUCCUGCCCAUUGUCAAUCCCGAUGGCUUUGUCUACACCCAGACGACGGACCGCCUGUGGCGUAAGAACCGCCAGACCCGGAGCGGAACCUCUGCUGUCGGCACAGACAUCAACCGUAACUGGCCCUACCAGUGGGUUGGCUCCGGAUCCUCGACGAGCCCUUCAUCUGAGACUUACCGUGGUGUCGCCGCUGGCGAUACCCCCGAGAACACUGGUAUUCGCAAGUUCGGUGACACGCUGGCCGCCGGCAAAGGUAUCAAGCUCUACAUUGACUGGCACAGCUAUGGCCAGUACAUCCUCUUUCCUUACGGAUACAGCUGCAGCGCGCAAGUCAGCAAUUACUCCAAACAGCAGAGCCUUGCUCAGUCUGUCGCCAGCCAGAUCCGUUCCUUGUACAGCAAGAGCUUUACGUAUGGUCCCAUAUGCACGACUCUGUACGCUGCCAACGGUGGCUCCACCGAUUAUAUGCAAGACGUUGCCAAGACCGAGCUUGCCUGGACCAUUGAACUCCGUGACACCGGCUCCUAUGGCUUCAACCUCCCCGCCAGCCAGAUUCUGCAAAGUGGCCAGGAGCAGUGGAAGGGCCAGCUGUGGCUGUGGCAGAACAUGUGAAGCGCAGAAAUGGACUCGGGCUCCACUGGGUCACAUUGGAGACCUGUAGUGAUGCAAACCAUCAUUUUGGUGGUCGCAUACUUGACACUUGCACACUGGUCGUGAAAACGAUAUUCAGUUCAUGUACAUAGACUUGGACACCAACCGAUGCAAUACGGGCAUGGUUAUCAUUGGUUCCCGAUGACGGCCAGUACAUAAACAACCUGCACAAAUUCGACAUGCGUAUAUCAAA